CGUGUAGAAAUAAUUGCCAACGACCAAGGUAACCGGAUUACUCCCUCCUAUGUGGCAUUCACUCCAGAAGGGGAGCGUCUCAUAGGUGAUGCUGCAAAGAACCAGCUGACAUCCAAUCCUGAAAAUACAGUAUUUGAUGCGAAACGUCUGAUCGGACGCACAUGGAAUGACCCCUCUGUACAGCAGGACAUCAAAUAUUUGCCUUUCAAGGUAAUUGAAAAGAAAACCAAACCAUACAUUCAAGUCGACAUUGCUGACCAGAGCAAGUCAUUUGCCCCUGAAGAGAUCUCUGCAAUGGUCCUAACAAAAAUGAAGGAAACCGCUGAAGCAUAUCUCGGGAGGAAGGUUACACAUGCUGUUGUUACAGUGCCAGCCUAUUUCAAUGAUGCUCAGCGCCAAGCUACCAAAGAUGCGGGUACCAUUGCUGGACUUAAUGUAAUGAGAAUCAUCAAUGAACCGACUGCUGCAGCCAUUGCAUAUGGGCUGGACAAGAAAGACGGUGAAAAGAACAUCCUUGUCUUUGAUUUGGGUGGUGGUACCUUUGAUGUGUCCCUCCUUACUAUUGACAAUGGUGUCUUUGAGGUUGUGGCGACAAACGGUGACACUCACCUGGGAGGAGAAGACUUUGACCAGCGUGUUAUGGAGCACUUCAUCAAACUGUACAAGAAAAAGACUGGCAAGGAUGUCCGUAAAGACAACCGAGCAGUGCAGAAGCUGCGUCGGGAAGUUGAAAAGGCGAAGAGGGCCCUGUCGGCCCAGCAUCAGGCCAGGAUUGAAAUAGAGUCCUUCUUUGAGGGAGAGGAUUUCUCUGAAACAUUAACUCGUGCCAAGUUUGAGGAACUUAAUAUGGAUCUCUUCCGUUCCACCAUGAAGCCGGUUCAGAAG